AUGUUGUUAUCAGGAUCCAAUCACCACAAACCCUCCAAAUACAAGCACUACUUCAAGCGCGCCGUCUUCAAAAAUGGCGAAUUCAACAUCGAGAAGUCCAAUUCGAAGAAUAAGCUUCGUUUUUUCACCACCUGGUUCGUCACUAUGGUCAAAGCAAGAUGGCGAUGGACUCUAUUAAAUUUCGUCAUGGCUUUCAUCAGCAUCUGGUUGUUCUUUGGAUGCUUGUAUUGGCUCAUUGCUAUGGGCCAUGGUGAUUUUAAUAACAAUGAAAUUGUUAAUGGGACCGAGUGGACUCCCUGUAUCAGAGAGAUAUACAAUUUCACCUCAGCUUUUCUCUUCAGUAUCGAAGUUCACACAACAGUUGCUUACGGACAUAGGAAGAUAACUUUAGAAUGCCCCGAUGCCAUAUUCACUAUGUGCAUGCAAUGUAUCGUUAGCACAAUUUUUCAAGCUUUUAUGAUCGGCAUAUUGUUUGCUAAACUAACUAGACCUAAAAAUAGGACACAGACAAUUCUAUUCAGCAAGAACGCAGUCAUUUAUUCUAAGGAUGGUAAAAUGUGUGUAGUUUGCAGAGUGGGUGAUAUGAGGAAGUCCAGAAUACUUAAUAUCAAAGCUUUAAUGUAUAUAAUAAGAAUGGAUCGUGACGAUAAUUUAGAUGAAUUUGAGCAAAUAUUUCUAAACGUUGAACUAGAUGGAUGCGAAUCUACGUUCUUCUUAUGGCCUGUGUCAAUUGUUCAUGUUAUAGAUAAAACUAGUCCUUUUUAUAAUGUUUCUGCACCAGACUUACUUAGUGGUGGUUUAGAAAUUUUAGUAGGGUUUGAAGGUAUAAUUGAAUCAACUGGCCAACCAGUACAAGCUAAAUCAAGUUAUACUUCAAAUGAGAUUUUGUGGGGACAUAGAUUUGUGCCGAUGAUUGAUUUUAAUUAUGAAAAGAAUGUAUAUAAAGUAGAUUUUUCUAAAUUAGGUGUAACUGAAGAAAUAGAUACUCCUUUGUGUUCAGUUCAUGAAUGUGACAGUAUAUUAAAAGAGAACAGUAGAGAAAUCUCUCUUCUGACAGAUGAUGUGCUGAGGGAUCGGAGUCUAAUGAAAGUUAGCUGGAAUAAUGCAACUGACAUUAAAAACUUCUAG